AUGACUUCCUUUGGUGCCACCAAGAACCUCACUGAGCAAGGGUUCUUUACUACCAACAAGAUCCAAGGCCAGUACUACCACCGCAUGGGCAGUGUACUCCUCCUAGAAGAUGAAGAGCCCAAGUUUGUCCAGGUCUUCUUCAUGGGUGAUGAUGACGAAGCCAACAGACGCUGCACACUUAACCAGGGAGUCCAACACGACAUCAUCGAGGCCCUCCAGAAUAUGCUCCAUGAAACACACCCCUAUGUAGCAAGCUUCAAACGUGCCGUGGAGCACAUGGAGCAGUCGCCCGAGCACAAGAUAAUCAUUGAAGCUGACAGGAGGCCAGCAGGGGAACAUGCACGGCGCUUCGAAGCACCAGAGGCCAAAGAAAUUGCCAUAAUAAUGGUUGGUGAGGACCAUGGUCAUCGUGACAUUGUCCUUAAGAAGCGAGACAACUUACUUAUGACCAUAAAUGAGACUCAUCGGUCCUACGACAGCCUUCAGUAUCCCCUGAUGUUUCCAAGAGGAGAAGAUGGUUACAGCAUUCAGCUUCCCCAGACCUGCCCAGCCAGUGGCUUGAAGACUAGCAGGAUGAUCAGCUGUAAAGACUUCUACGCAUACCGCUUCCUGAUUCGAGAUGAUGACUUCAACCAGCUCUUGCGUUUCAAAGAGGUCACCAAUCCAAAGCCUCCCGAACCUGAACCAAAAUCGUCAAAUGAUCCUACUGAGCCUGAUAAAGGUACUCCUCCAGAACCAAACUCACUUUUUGAGCUACCAGCACCAAAGCUCCCGGGUCUUAGAUUACCAGACGAAUCGAUCACAGACAAAGGGACUCCUCCUUCAAACCCAGGACCAAAGGCUCCAAAUCCGGAAGCAGAAUCAUCAAAGCCAGGCCCUCCUGCUCCUGGGCCGUCAAAAGAUCCAGACCCUGGUAGUGAUACUCCUCCUCCAAAACCAGGCCCUGAUGCCCCACCUCCAGCUCCAGAUGUGCCAAAACCAGAGGUAGUGUCAUCAAAGCCUGGUCCAGAGGCACCAAAAUCAGGUCCUGACGCCCCACCUCCAGCUCCAGAUGCACCGAAUCCGGUUGUAAAAUCAAAGCCAGGCCCUCCUGCUCCUGCGCCGUCAAAAGAUCCUGACCCUGGUAGUGAUACUCCUCCUCCAAUACCAGGCCUUGACGCCCCACCUCCAGCUCCAGAGGCACCGAAUCCGGUUGUAAAAUCAAAAUCCGACCCUCCUGCUCCUGCGCCGUCAAAAGAUCCAGGCCCUGGUAGUGACACUCCUCCUCCAAAACCAGACCCUGAUGCCCCACCUCCAGCACCAGAUGCACCGAAUCCGGUUGUAAAAUCAAAGCCAGGCCCUCCUGCUCCUGCGCCGUCAAAAGAUCCAGACCCUGGUAGUGAUACUCCUCCUCCAAAACCAGGCCUUGACGCCCCACCUCCAGAUCCAGAUGUGCCAAAACCAGAGGUAGUGUCAUCAAAGCCUGGUCCAGUGGUGCCAAAACCAGGUCCUGACGCCCCACCACCAGGUCCAGAGGCACCAAAACCGGAGGCAGAAUCAUCAAAGUCUGGCCUUCCUGCUCCUGCACCAUCAGAAGAUCCAGAUCCUGGUAGUGGCACUCCUCCUCCGAAACCAGGCCCUGAUGCCCCACCACCAGGUCCAGAGGCACCAAAACCGGAGGCAGAAUCAUCAAAGCCUGGCCUUCCUGCUCCUGCACCAUCAGAAGAUCCAGAUCCUGGUAGUGACACUCCUCCUCCAAAACCAGGCCCUGAUGCCCCACCUCCAGCUCCAGAUGCACCGAAUCCGGUUGUAAAAUCAAAGCCAGGCCCUGCUGCUCCUGGGCUGUCAAAAGAUCCAGACCCUGGUAGUGAUACUCCUCCAAAACCAGGCCCUGACGCCCCACCUCCAGCUCCAGAUGUGCCAAAACCAGAGGUAGUGUCAUCAAAGCCUGGUCCAGUGGUACCAAAACCAGGUCUUGACGGCCCAGCACCAGGUCCAAAGGCGCCCAAACCGGAGACAGAAUCAUCAAAGUCUGGCCUUCCUGCUCCUGCACCAUCAGAAGAUCCAAGGCCUGGUAGAGAUACUCCUCCUCCAAAACCUGGUCCUGACGCCCCACUUCCUGAUCCAGUUGCGCCAAAACUAGAGGUAGUGUCAUCAAAGCCUGGUCCAGUGGCACCAAAGUCUGGUAGCGAUACUCCUCCGCCAAAACCAGGUCCUGACGCCCCACUACCAGGUCUAGAGGCGCCAAAACCGGAGGCAGAAUCAUCAAAACCUGCGCCGUCAGAAAAGCCUGACCCUGGUAGUGAUACUCCUCCUCCUGCUCCAGGCCCAAAAUCAGGCCCAGAGGCGCCAGAGCCAGGUAAAGAUACUCCUCCUAAACCAGAUCCCGACGCCCCACCUGGUCCAGAGUCGCCAAACAAAAGUGAAUCAUCAAAGCCUUGUCCUGGUUGA